UGACCGAUCACAUGGUAAUGACAUCAUCAAAGGUCCUCUGCCUCCCAUACACAGCCCGAUAUCGAACAUUUAAUCGCUCCACUGCGCUGCUGCCUGUAAGAUCCUCCGCUCACACAGGGAGGAGAGGACACUCUAGAUUUGUGAGGUUGCAUGACAUGAACAGGUUCCUGUCUGGAAUUUCUUCAGGCUGAAUAGCAGAAUACUUUGGCAGGCCUUUUCCUCUUUUCUGCCAUUUGCUACAGAAUUGGCACCAUACAGCUUACAGAUGACUUUGCGGAGAGUGAACUGGUCAGACUGGCCUGGCAAGCUUUAUCUAAACUUAAACACCUUUAGGGCAAAAAUGUUGAUUCAUAAUAUUUCAGAAAAAUACCAAGUGGAAAUGGAAGAUCAGAGAUGUAUGGAUAUAUUGUACCAGUUUGCCAGGAAUGCCAACAGCAGAUCAUCUUGGUAUAAUAAUUACCAUCCAAAAGGACGAACACACUCCCUUUGGACAGCUCUACAAAGAUGUGCCUCAGAGUUUGUGUCCUCUGCAGGUAGAGGAUCCGUGGACAGCACCAACUCAGGAUUCCUGGCCGACUGGACCCACUGGCAAAGCUACAGUCCUCACAGGCAAGAAGGAUGUCCCGAUGUGGAAACAAUGGCAUCAGAUGACCUGGAGGAUUCAGAGCUAGUCUCUGUGGCAGAGGAGACCCCACUGGGGAAGGAAACUAUCUCCCUAGGAGUGGGAGAAGGAUAUGUCACUGAAAUCUCCUUGUCCUUUUCCAUCCUGCGACGUUCCACCCUGGGCCCUAAUGUCCCUCUGCAGGAGGCAGCUAGGAAGACGCUUUGGGCUCUCGAAAAUGAUAACAAGGAAAUGCUGCUGCUAUUCAAGGAGCUGUCUGCCCGGCUAGUGUCUAUCCAAGCACAGAAUGAUGUUUUUAUUGUAACCUUUAAGACUAUAGAAGAAAUCUGGAAAUUUACGACUUAUCUCUCUCUCGGUAUUGUGGCUUGCACUCUGGAACAUCUGCUUUUUGAUGAGAGGUAUUGGUUGAACACCACCUUGGUUGAAGACACAGAGAUACAAGUAUCUGUAAAUCAAGAUGAAUUGGCAACAUUAUAUCUUGGUUUGCUUCUUCAAGAAGGGUGCUUCUAUGCAAGAGCCGUCGUACAUGAUGCUGGUGCACAAGUGGAAGAAGAGAAGGAAUUCCUAGCAGUGUCUGUCAAUGAUGUGGUAUACGUUAAAGACAUUGGUGACGAGUCAUCGUGGGAAGGACAGUCACUAAGCACAGGGGACCGUGGUCUACUGCCCAUUAUAGCAGUCGAGCCCCUACCCCAUCCUUUCUACCAAUGGUUUCUGAAAACAUACCCAACAACCUGUAACGUGACAGAGCAGAACUGCCGGAACAUUACAUCUCAGCCAAUAGGGUUGGGCCAAUGCACUGCUAGAGAGAAUCACUCAGCUACAGAAUGGGAUGAGCUCAGCUACUGCAGGGGUGAUGCCAUUGAGGUCGUCGGCUUCUUUGUACCUGGCCUCAAGUGGUUUGUGGGGAAAUGUCCUUCUACCGGAGCCACUGGUUUUGUCCAAACAAAACAUGUUGAUCCCAACUGCUUAAAACCUUUAGGAAAGGACUUAUUAUUCCUAAGUGAGGAUGAGAAGAUUUCCCUUAAUUCAUUUGAUGAAGAUGCUCAGAAAGGCCCAGUGGAGCUACUGAGAAGCUUGGCUCAAACAGACAUCAGCUCAGUAUACAGGCUGGAUGGCCUGGAUCCAGUUGAAAUAUAUCUGAAAUCUCAGCCAGGUGCCCAAAGUGUGUUUGGUGAAGCACAAAUAUCUGAUAGUUGGGAGCAAAUUGAAGCUAUAAGUGAAUCUUCUAAAUGCAGUGUGUCUGAGAAAUCCAGUCCAGAUUCAGAAUGGAAAUAUGAAGUGGAAGGCUUCCAUGUGCAUGGACAAGAGGACAUUGAUGACCCAAAGUUCUUUGUUGACUUAAAUGCUGGAGACUUAGAAGAUUCAGAAGUCUUUGAUCCCGUCUUGACAUUUCUCAAUAAAGAAGGUUAUGAUUCUCAUUUUCAGCCCUUAUAUGAUCUCUCUAUGUCUUUUCUCAAUUCCACAUUUUAUGGGUUUUCAGAAGAGGAAGACUUGGCAAUGUACCUGGAAACCUCCCGGAAUUGGGCAAAAAGGAAUAGCCUGUCUUGGGCUCAUAUACGUUGUUGUUUUCUUCUGGGUCGGAUAUGUGCCAAAAGGAUGAAGCUAUCCCAGGCAAGAGUUUACUAUGAAGAAGCCUUAAGUGCCAUUAACAAUGGAUUUCUAGAUUUGCAGCUUUUGGCUGCCUUAUAUGGGAAUUUAUCAGCUAUCUACUUGAAGCAAAAUUUGAAAUCUAAGCAAGAACUGUUGCUGGAAAAAGCCGCCAGUCUUCUAACAUGCAUAUCGCAGCAUAGUUUUAGCUCAGAGAAUGAGCUUGAGGUGCUAAAGUAUGUUUUUAGAAAAGCUGUCAUUGUUAACAAUGCCUCCUUAGAAUCUCGCACUUGCUUCCUUAUAUUCCGGUUGCUAUAUCAACUAGGAAGGCAUGACGAAGCCCUACCAUUUCUAGAACGUUUACAAUUUUUACUUAUUAGUUCAUGCUCCCAGAUUUUGAAUUCCAAUACAAGUUUGAUGCCCAUUUUAAGUUACUUGUAUGAUAAAAAAUACCUGCCUCAUGUUGCUUUGGCAUCAGCUAGACUUUACAAAUCAGUUGGCAUGAAAAUAAUGCCAUCCCCAUUGUGGAGAGUUGGUGUAGUUAUGCAAAAUAUAUCUAAAAUGAUGGGUUAUCCACUAAAAGGCAAUCACAUUCCAGCUCAGGCUGCCCCUUACUUAAAACAUGCACUGUUAUCUUCUUACGAAAGUGGAGAUGUGAAAGCUCAGAGAACGCUAUGUCUUCUUUUAGCCAAGCUCUACCUCCAGCGAAGUCUUCUGUCUGGUGCCAUUGGAUAUACUAAAAGGGCUGUUGAAUUAGGUAGAUGGACCAGUGAAGAAGAAGCUUUUGAGUCCGCUCUGUUUUUAGGUUGGUUAUAUAUUUUAAAUGGCCAUUUUGAACAAGCUUGCCACAUUUUAAUGCCUCUUUUAGACUCAAUGCAGGAAACCGACAGCACUACACAGUGUGGUGUUGUCCAUAAUCUGCUGGCAAAUGCACAGAAGAGGGAUAAAAAGUUACUCGAAUCUUCAAGAGGGUACUCAUAUGCCCUGAAAAUGGCUACUGAAACAGGCAACAGAAGAAACCAAGCCAUAGCCCUUGCAAACUUUGGGACACUGGCUGUGUCCAAUCAGGCCUUUAUUAUGGCUGAGAGAUAUUUUAUUAAGUCUGUCCAGCUUUUUAUAGAUGUGCAAGACAGUGGUGAUGCCGAGAGAGAACUAGCCCAAGUCCUACAUUGGUUGGGGAAAAUUCUGAUAGAACAGCAGAAGCUUGAAGAUGGCAGAGCUUGUUAUGAACUUGCCUUGCUGUUUGCUAUGAAGUCCAAUAACUUAAAAUGCCAGCUAAGUGUGAUUGAAGAACUGUCCAACUUCUACAGUGAAGUGUGUCCUGCCAUCGGAGCACAUAUAACAUACUGUGAACAUUGGGUCCACCUACUGCAGCUAUUGAAAGACAGACAAAAGGAAGGAGAUGUUCUAAGUACCCUAAGUAGGCUCUAUCAGACUCUAAACACUGCCAAGUCUAUAAGGAAAGCUCUGGACUAUACGAAGCAAAGUCUAAGGAUUUCCAUUGAUCUGGGACAGCAAGAGAAAUCUGCUGAGAGGUGGAUUCAAGCUGGAAAACUAUAUUAUCUGCUGCAUGAAAAUGAACUUGUGGAGAUUUACCUGUAUGCUGGCAUCCAGGCUUCCCUAAAAACAGAACACUUUACUGCUACAAUGCAACUGUAUGAGGCUGCUGGAGAUGUGUUCUUCCAUGGGCUACAGACGAGAGAAAAAGCGUUACCUUUUUAUAAGGAAGGGGCCCUACCACUAGCAAAGAAACUUGAAGACACCCGAUCACAGCUCCGAAUUUUUCACAAACUCACUCAGCUAUUAAUAAAUCAAGGCGAUUAUAAAUCCUCCCUGGAAUUUGCUACAAUGGCAGUCAGGCUCAGCACACUUGUCGGAGACCCAGUACAUGAGUUGGUUGCAUUUCAUCGACUGGCGGGAGUUUACUAUGCCUUGCAGAUUUAUGAGAUUGCUGAGUAUUGUUAUCUUAAGGCACUGUCUGUAUGUUCUUCACCAAUACAACACACAGCCGAGGCCGGAUAUUAUGUAAAGGUCUAUUGGCGGCUGGGAGAUAUUGCUCUGCACAGACGAAAGGAUGCUGAAGAUGCCGUCACUUACCUCUCCUUGGCCCUUGCAGCUGCUAUCGAAGUGGGCAAUGAAGAGUUUCAGCUGCUAUUAAUGGGGAAACUUUCUGAUGUGUAUGCAAAGUUCCUAUGUGAUGAAGAACAGGCGGAUAUUUUCAUUAAACAAAUCCUGCAACUUGGCAAUAAGCAGGCCUGUACGUGAAACUUACACAUCCUUAGAAAAGAUGAAGAGACACGCAGAUCCCUUCAAUUGUACAUAACAGAUGGAGUUAAGAAAAUCUAGGUGCAAUACUGGUUGCUGACAAGUUUCUGGAGUUGAGGUUGCGAAAAAAAAAAAAAACAUUAGUCCUGUAUGAUCCAGUGCUUAUAACUAGGAUCUAGAGUUUUUUGCACAGAGCUCUUCGUGGCAUCUCAGGUAUGAAGGAGAUCACCGUUUUACCCUUCACAUUGAUAGAUUUGUGAAGAAUGAUGUGGGCAGGUUCCUAUGAACUUUGAACUCAGAGGUCUCAAUAAUUCAUCCAAUACUAUUUAAGGUGCAAUUUUUGUGGCAAGACAUGUAACAAUAUUGAAUCUCUGCUAUAUUUGUAAAUGCUGACAUUAUAUAAAAUGUAAUAGAAAGCAGUGAUAUAACUAAGUAUCACCAGCA